UGCUGUUUUUGGGCCAAAGCUUGGCAUGCGAGCUAUGGUACAGGCAAGGUUCUCAUGGGGGUAUUUUGGUGCCAUCAUACCGGCCGUCUUGAAUGUUUUCUCCUUGCAAGGCUUCCUUGUCCUGAACUGCAUCGUUGGUGGACAAGCACUUGCAAGUCUGUCUUCUCACCUCGAUGAUACUCUUGGUAUUGUUAUCAUUGCUGUCAUAACUCUUGUGGUCACUUUCUGUGGAUACCGCAUCAUUCAUUGGUACGAAAGUAUCGCCUGGAUUCCAAAUGUGAUUGUUUUUAUCACCAUGCUGGGUGUCGGUUAUCCACAACUACGCGAUAACCAAUCAGCUCCUGUUUCUCAAGCAACUGUCGCUGAGGUUAUCUCUUUUUCGUCUAUCCUCACAGCUAGCAUUAUCAGCUACUGUACCGUGACCCCCGACUAUGGUGUAUACCACAGCCCUGCUGCUUCUUCUGCAAGACUUUUUCUUUACACGUAUCUCGCGUUUUUCACUUCUAGUGUGGCUUGCCAUACACUCGGUGCUGCAUUCGCGGCCGCAGCUCCCAACGUGCCUGUUUGGAAUGCAGGAUUUAACAACAGCUCCUCCGUCGGUGGCUUGUUAUACAGUGUGCUGCUACCUACAGGCGCAUUUGGAAAAAUUCUUAUCACUCUGGUGGCUCUCAGUAUACCCAGCGUUUGUGCACCAAACAUGUAUACGUUUAGCACCAGUUUCAUGACUAUCGCUCCGUGGUUUGCUGCAAUACCUAGAUGGAUAUAUAUUCUCAUCUCUGAAGCAGUUCUGAUACCAGUAGCCAUUAUUGGCGCCAAAAAGUUCUAUACCACUGUCGUUGACAUCCUCGAUCUCAUCGGAUACUGGUCGUCAGUAUUUGCUGCAAUUAUUCUUACAGAACACGUGUUAUUUCGGCGAGCCUCGUUUUCUGAGGAUCAAUAUCCUAUCACGACUUGGGCUUCGUAUACUCUUUUGCCUAGUGGUAUUCCCGCGGUCGUGGCCUUCGCGUGCGGCUGUGGAGCCCUUAUUCCAUUCAUGUCGCAGGCUUGG